UUUUUACAAUAGAAUGAUCGAAUAUUUUUGUAUGAAGUAUAUUGUUCUUACAACAAAGAUGGUUUUUUUUUUGUUUUUGGUUAAAGUACGAAAAUGAUGAUGAUUAGCCAUCUUGUUUCAGUUCUAUUAUAUAAGCCCAUUAAUAGCACGGAACGACCUUUAACCAAAACACAGAGAUCAUACGACAGUCUCCUACCAAAUAAAGAAAAAUCCACCAUACCAUAAAGUUCAAAUAUAUGGCACCAGCUCAAAACCCGAUCAGUUCUCAACACGUGGUAGUCAUCGGAGCCGGAGCAGCCGGUCUCGUAGCGGCUAGGGAGCUCAGUCGUGAAGGUCACACUGUUGUCGUAUUAGAGCGGGAGAAAGAAGUAGGAGGUCUCUGGAUCUAUUCACCCAAAGCCGAAUCCGACCCGCUUAGCCUUGACCCAACCCGUUCCAUAGUCCACUCGAGCGUGUACGAGUCUCUCCGAACCAACCUCCCACGAGAAUGUAUGGGUUUCACGGACUUCCCUUUUGUGCCUCGUUUCGAUGACGAGUCAAGAGACUCGAGACGGUAUCCGAGCCACAUGGAAGUUCUUGCGUACCUUCAAGACUUUGCUAGAGAGUUUAACCUAGAGGAGAUGGUUCGGUUCGAGAUCGAGGUGGUUCGGGUUGAACCGGUUAACGGGAAAUGGAGGGUCUGGUCUAAAACCUCUGGCGGUGUUUCCCACGAUGAGAUCUUUGACGCCGUUGUUGUUUGCAGUGGACACUAUACAGAACCAAACGUUGCUCAUAUUCCUGGUAUAAAAUCGUGGCCAGGAAAGCAGAUCCAUAGCCACAACUACAGAGUUCCUGGGCCAUUCGAAAACGAGGUGGUGGUGGUCAUCGGAAAUUUUGCUAGCGGUGCCGAUAUUAGUAGGGACAUAGCUAAGGUCGCGAAAGAAGUUCACAUUGCAUCUAGAGCGAGUGAAUUUGAUACAUACGAAAAGCUUCCCGUGCCUCGGAACAAUCUAUGGAUUCAUUCGGAAAUAGACACGGCAUAUGAAGAUGGGUCCAUUGUUUUCAAAAACGGGAAGGUGGUAUAUGCUGAUAGCAUUGUGUAUUGCACUGGAUAUAAAUAUCGCUUCACAUUCCUUGAAACCAAUGGCUAUAUGAACAUUGAUGAAAACCGCGUAGAACAUCUAUACAAGCAUGUAUUUCCACCUGCGCUUUCUCCUGGUCUUUCAUUCGUUGGUUUACCAUCGAUGGUUAGUCUCAAACAAUAUCUUGGGGUUCCGAGUUCAAGUCUCACUUGGUUUUUAUCUUUAUCUUUUUUUUAUCAGGGCAUACAAUUUGUUAUGUUUGAAAUCCAAAGCAAAUGGGUGGCAGCAGUCUUGUCAAGGCGGGUUACACUUCCCACAGAAGAUAAGAUGAUGGAAGAUAUUAGUGCGUGGUAUGCAUCGCUUGAUGCGGUAGGCAUUCCUAAAAGAUAUACACAUAAAUUGGGUAAAAUUCAGAGUGAGUACCUCAAUUGGGUCGCAGAAGAAUGUGGUUGUCCGCUCGUUGAACAUUGGAGAAAUCAACAAAUCGUCCGCGGAUACCAGAGACUUGUCUCACACCCAGAAACUUAUCGCGAUGAAUGGGACGACAAUGACCUUAUGGAAGAAGCUUACGAGGACUUUGCUAGGAAGAAAUUAAUUAGUUUCCAUCCUUCCCAUAUCCUCUAAUCAAGAAAAUGAUUUUUGUGUUUUUACUUUGGGGGUGGGUGUAUUGUAUUUAAGAAGCAUAAGGAAGGAUGGAUUCUUUCCUUUUCAGGGUUGAUUGCUAAACUAUUGAAAGCUUUGAAUAAAUAGGAGGGUUUAUCUCUAAGGCAUGAUGCCCUGAUUGUUAUUUUUCUUUGUGUGUGUUUGUUUUUGUUUGCAUUUGAGUUUUUAUUUAUUUUGUGCUUAUGUUUGAAUUUUACACUGAUUAUGUUCACCACGUAUAGAUGCAAAUAUUACUUCCGUUUCUUGAAACC